GACAAGACCCCAAGCUUAUCUAUUAUGUACAUUCCGCAGAAUGAACGGCCCUCUUCCUUCUACGAGGGCUUUCCUCUCCGACAUCCCUUCUCUCCCGGCUGAUUCUAAAGUCCGCUUUCUUGGAUGCGUCAAAACAUAUCAGAUCUCUACCGGGCUCUUGGUCCUAGAGCACAACUGUCCGCGGCCCAAAAAGCCAAGGGAGAACCCCCCAUCUAUCGCGGUCGAUGUCAAUGCUAUCCUGGAGACGAUGACCUGGGAGGAGCUGUGCGUCGGUGCGUGGGUUAAUGUCAUCGGUUAUGUGCGAAAAGCCCCGACUGCUGCCUGGGUCAAGGAGGUGGCGUCUACCCCUGCAUCUAUGCCUGGAUCUGUGCAUGUUGAUGCUGUGAUUGUAUUUCCAGCCGGUGCGAUUGGUUUGGGUGAAUAUGAACGGAUCUUGAGUGAUUCGCAGGAGGUAGAGAGGACCAGGCGCCCAGUCGAAUGAACGGCCAUCAUGAAUGGUAGAUACUGCAUGUCUGCAUCAUUAUCUAUUACUACUAGUAGUGGGAUAUAGGAUUAUGUCCAGUGCGCUAUGGGAUGUCUGCCGAAAGACCA